GUGAUAAUGGCUGAUGCUGCCGAAGGUGAACAACCAAAACUCUCCAAGAAGGAGCUCAAUAAGCUUGCUAGAAAAGCUAAGAAAGAUGAGAAAGCUGGAGAGAAAGGAGGAAACCAACAACAGGCUGCCGCUAUGGACCAAGAAGACGCAUCCAAAGACUUUUAUGGAUCAUAUGGGCUUGUUAACUCUAAGGAAAAGAAGGUGUUGAACUUUCUGAAAGUCAAGGAGAUCAACGUUUCCAACGCAACAAAAGACGUUUGGGUCCGUGGGCGCAUUCACACUACUCGAUCGAAGGGAAAGAAUUGCUUCCUCGUUCUCCGUCAGGGAGUCUACACCGUUCAAGUAGCAAUGUUUAUGAACGAAAAGAUUAGCAAGCAAAUGUUGAAGUUUGUUUCUUCUAUCUCAAAGGAGUCUAUUGUUGACGUUUAUGCUACUAUCAACAAGGUUGACAAUCCAAUUGAAUCUUGCACACAAAAGGAUGUCGAACUACUUGCUCAACAAGUAUUUGUCGUUUCAACUUCUGCUCCAAAGCUUCCGCUCCAAAUUGAGGAUGCAUCACGCAGAGCACCAACUGACGAAGAGAAAGCCAGCGAGCAGGAGAAUCAAUUGGCUGUUGUUAAUCUCGAUACAAGACUUGACAACCGUGUCAUCGAUCUUCGUACGCCAACCUCUCAUGCUAUCUUCAGAAUUCAAGCCGGAAUUUGUAAUCAGUUCAGAAACAUUCUCGAUGUUAGAGGAUUCGUGGAGAUCAUGGCUCCAAAAAUUAUCUCUGCGCCAAGUGAGGGUGGAGCCAAUGUUUUCGAAGUUUCCUAUUUCAAAGGAUCCGCCUACUUGGCUCAAUCUCCACAACUCUAUAAGCAAAUGGCUAUUGCCGGAGAUUUUGAAAAGGUCUACACUAUUGGUCCAGUAUUCCGUGCUGAAGAUUCUAACACCCAUCGUCAUAUGACCGAGUUCGUUGGACUUGACUUGGAAAUGGCCUUCAACUUCCAUUAUCACGAGGUUAUGGAAACCAUUGCAGAAGUGCUCACCCAGAUGUUCAAAGGUCUUCAACAAAACUAUCAAGAUGAGAUCGCAGCCGUUGGAAAUCAAUAUCCAGCUGAGCCAUUCCAGUUCUGCGAGCCACCACUUAUUUUAAAAUAUCCUGAUGCAAUCACUCUUCUCCGUGAGAAUGGAAUUGAAAUCGGAGACGAAGAUGAUCUGUCGACACCAGUGGAGAAGUUCCUCGGAAAAUUGGUGAAGGAGAAGUAUAGCACCGACUUCUACGUGCUCGACAAGUUCCCACUGUCUGUUCGUCCAUUCUACACCAUGCCAGACGCUCACGAUGAACGUUAUUCAAACAGUUACGACAUGUUUAUGCGUGGAGAAGAGAUUCUCUCAGGAGCUCAACGUAUUCACGAUGCUGAUAUGCUUGUCGAACGUGCGAAACAUCACCAAGUUGAUCUGGCUAAGAUUCAGUCUUACAUCGAUUCCUUCAAAUACGGAUGUCCACCACACGCAGGAGGAGGCAUCGGACUUGAGCGAGUUACCAUGCUCUUCCUUGGACUCCACAACAUCCGUCUGGCAUCCCUCUUCCCACGUGACCCAAAACGGUUGACUCCAUAAGUAUCUUGCUUUCUUGUUCUGUUUGAUUCCAGCAUUUUCUCGUUUUUAGUAAUUUAUCCGUCUUCAAGGUAUUAUUGUUUGUUUCUUCUCUAUAUAUUGCCCUGUUUCCAAUUUAUCACAAGAGGCUGGAUAAAUUCUACGCAUU